CAAGACGACGACGUAUGGUCGUUUCUCUCUCUUCAAAUAAAAAAACGCUACACAGUACACACUCGUCGUCGUCAGGAGCAAAGACAAUCUGAUUGAUUUCUCCAAGAGAUCCGACCCGAAUUCGAAAACCCGAAAGAACCGAAUCGAAGAUGGGCAAGGAUGGUUUGAGCAACGACCAAGUCUCAUCAAUGAAGGAAGCAUUCACGCUCUUCGACACAGACGGCGACGGCAAAAUCGCACCGUCGGAGCUCGGAAUCUUAAUGCGAUCACUCGGCGGCAAUCCAACAGAAUCACAACUCAAAUCAAUCAUCACGACGGAGAAUCUCUCGUCUCCGUUUGAUUUCAAUCGAUUCCUAGAUCUAAUGGCGAAACAUCUGAAAACAGAACCGUUCGAUCGCCAGCUUCGUGAUGCGUUCAAAGUACUCGAUAAAGAAGGUACUGGAUUCGUUGCUGUUGCAGAUCUGAGGCAUAUACUUACGAGUAUCGGUGAGAAAUUGCAGCCGAGUGAAUUCGAUGAGUGGAUCAAAGAGGUUGAUGUUGGAUCUGAUGGUAAGAUCCGGUAUGAGGAUUUUAUUGCUAGAAUGGUUGCUAACUUUCUCCUUAUCUUCGCCACCUAUUCUUGGGUUUUGGGACCCGACUCAGGCUUCUUGUUCGGUACCCGGGUCCGGAAAACUCUCGGGUCGAAUCCUAAAGUCCACGUUGAUCACUCUUCAGAAAAGCCUCAUCAUCCACUUGAUCCACUAACGGUGCGAGAAAUCUCGAGAGUCCGAACCAUACUCUCGGGUCAUGACCCGGGUUUUGGUUCCGGGUCGGCCACGAUUCACUCCAUGGCUCUCGAUGAGCCGGAGAAGAUACGUGUCGUCCAGUGGAAGAAGGGAAAUAAGCUUCCGUCACGAAGAGCUGCGGUCGUAGCUUAUUGGGGUGGUCAAACACAUGAGAUGACGGUGGAUCUUGAUUCGGGUCGGGUCGUUUCUGAUGUGGUUAACCGGACUUCAGGGUACCCGAUUCUCACCUUGAACGACGUCUUCGCCGCUUCGCAGGUUCCUUUGAAGAGCUUGGAAUUCAACCGCUCGAUCGAAGCACGUGGGGUUAAGUUUUCCGAUUUAGCUUGCAUCACACCGUUUGCGGGAUGGUUUGGACAGGAGGAAGAAGGACGUAGAGUCAUAAGAGUCCAAUGUUUCACAUUACAAGGCACUACUAAUUAUUUUAUGAGACCACUCGAAGGUCUUUAUGUAACGGUCGAUCUAGACAAAUUGGAGGUUAUCAAGAUCGUCGAUAAAGGCCCAAUUCCGAUUCCCAAAGCCUCGGGUACAGAAUACCGGUUUGGUGUUCAGAAUAAACCGGUGCAUAUGGAUCGAAUCAACCCGAUUUCGAUGGAGCAACCGGAUGGUCCUAGUUUUAGGGUCGAAGAUGGACAUUUGGUUAAGUGGGCUAAUUGGGUUUUCCAUGUUAAAGCAGACCAACGAGCCGGUAUGAUCAUAUCUCAGGCCACGGUUCGUGACUCCGAGACAGGAGAACCAAGAAGUGUGAUGUACAAAGGAUUCCCAUCAGAGUUGUUUGUACCGUACAUGGAUCCCGAGGAAGGAUGGUACUACAAAGGUUAUAUGGAUGCAGGCGAGCUCGGUUUAGGACCCACGGCCAUGCCGCUUGUGCCCCUCAACGAUUGCCCUCGAAAUGCUUACUAUAUAGACGGUGUUUUCGCCUCUCCAGACGGCAAACCCAUUGUUCAACCUAAUAUGAUAUGCUUGUUUGAACGCUAUGCAGGCGAUAUCAGCUGGCGACAUUCUGAGAUCCUUUUUGCCAAUGCCGAUAUAAGAGAGUCAAGGCCAAAAGUUACAUUGGUCGCUCGAAUGGCAACUUCGGUUGGAAAUUACGACUAUAUUUUUGAUUGGGAGUUUCAGACUGAUGGUUUAAUCCGUGUUACGGUCGCGGCUUCGGGAAUGUUAAUGGUGAAAGGGACACCUUAUGAUAAUGUAGAUGACUUAGGUGAUAUGGAGGAUGAUUCUGGACCGUUGAUCUCUGAGAAUGUGAUUGGAGUCGUCCAUGAUCAUUUCAUAACGUUUCAUCUAGACAUGGACAUUGAUGGACCAAUGAAUAAUUCUUUGGUCAAGGUUCAUCUAGAGAAGCAAAGAGUUCCAACAGGAAAAUCGCCGAGGAAGAGUUACUUGAAGGUCAAGAAAUACAUAGCCAAGACUGAGAAAGAUGCUCAGAUCAAAUUGAGCCUCUAUGAUCCAUAUGAAUUCCACAUUGUGAACCCAAACCGAAAAUCUCGGAUCGGAAACCCGGCUGGUUACAGGAUCAUACCGGGUGGAAAUGCAGCGAGUUUGCUUGAUCACGAUGAUCCUCCUCAAAUUCGAGGUGCAUUCACCAAUAAUCAGAUAUGGGUGACUCCAUAUAACCGGUCAGAACAAUUUGCUGGAGGAGUUCUAAUUUACCAGAGCCAAGGUGAUGACACACUACAAGUUUGGUCAGACCGAGACCGUUCGAUCGAAAACAAGGACAUAGUGCUGUGGUACACACUAGGGUUCCAUCACGUACCUUGCCAAGAAGAUUAUCCGGUUAUGCCAACCGUCGCGGCUAGCUUUGAGCUUAAACCGGCCAAUUUCUUUGAAUCCAAUCCGAUUCUUGGGGCUGCUCCUUUCUUCGAAAAAGACUUACCAGUAAUUUUUGCUUGUAGAGAUGAUCCUAGUCCGGUCAAGUUGAAUUUGAGCGCAGGUACCUAUCGAACUGAGGAAGGAAAGCCUCUGGUUCUUGAUGUUGUGAGAAGAGCAGAGCAACAGUUAGCCAACGACCUGUCUAGGGACAAGGAAUAUCUUCCCCUUAAUGGACUUCCUGAAUUUAAUAAAUUAAGUACCAAGCUUAUCUUAGGUGAUGAUAGUCCCGCAGUGAAAGAGAAUAGAGUUGUUACAAUCCAGUGUUUGUCUGGUACUGGUUCUUUGAGAGUUGGAGCUGAGUUUCUAGCAACACACAACAAAGAACGUGUCAUUUUCGUUCCAGACCCAACUUGGGGGAACCAUCCCCGUAUUUUUGCUUUGGCGGGUUUGUCUGUCGAGUAUUUCCGCUACUAUGAUCCGAAGAGCCGAGGACUUGACUUCAAUGGCAUGCUCGAGGAUCUUGGCGCUGCACCUCCUGGAGCUAUAGUGGUACUUCAAGCUUGUGGGCAUAACCCCACUGGAGUUGACCCAACAUUCGAACAAUGGGAACAGAUUCGACGACUAGUGAGAUCGAAAAGCUUAUUACCCUUCUUUGAUAGUGCAUAUCAGGGUUUUGCUAGUGGUAGCCUUGACUCAGAUGCACAAGCGGUUCGUAUGUUUGUUGCCGAUGGAGGUGAAUGUUUGAUAGCUCAAAGUUAUGCCAAAAAUAUGGGUCUCUAUGGGGAGCGUAUUGGCGCUCUUACCAUUGUAUGCACAUCAGAAGAUGUCGCUAAGAAAGUUGAGGACCAAGUGCUACUUGUUGUGAGGCCUAUGUAUCUUACCCCACCUAUUCAUGGUGCAUCAAUUGUUGCCACAAUUCUAAAAAACAGUGAUAUGUACAAUGACUGGACAAUUGAGAUGAAAAGAAUGGCUGACCGCAUAAUUAGCAUGCGUCAACAGUUAUAUGAAGCUAUACAAGCUAGAGGAACACCUGGUGAUUGGAGUCACAUUAUUAAACAUAUUGGGAUGUUUACUUUUACUGGAUUAAGUGAAGAGCAAGUUCACUUGAUUGCCAAAGAAUAUCACAUUUACAUGACUUAUGAUGGGAGGAUAAGCAUGGCAAGUCUAAGUUCGAAGACAGUGCCUCAACUCGCUGAUGCUAUACAUGCUGUUGUUACUCGCAUUCCCUAAAUUUGCGAUUAUGUUCUUUGUUGUUUUAUGAAUACAAUUGGGGAAUAAAACUGCGUUUUUGGU